UUUAUUUUCGAGUGUUGAAAGCCAAAAAAAAGGGGCAUCCUUGCCUCAGACUUUUUCUAAGGGCUCGACAGUUAUUUGAACGUGUGCUCCACUAUGUUAGUUUGUCAUGAUGGAUAUUGUUUGAUCGUCUAAUUUUGCGCGCGCUCGUUCGGGGCGCGUGCAGCAAAGUUCAACGUAAUAAAAGAGUGUGAACCACAAAUCGCGUUAUAGGAUGUAGCCGUUUCAGCCGCGUUUGGGUAAAUCACUCAAGAAAUUUAGCCAUGAUAACGUCAUUACCACGCCUCAGAGACCAUAAGGCAAACGUUGGAGAUAUCGUGCCUCGUCUCGCAGCAGACAGGAGAAAGAAGAUCUCACAGGUUGGAAAGGUAUUCCCAAAAACUUUGGUUCAAGAACAAAUCGAUGAAAAACUUGAUUUUCACUGCGUUAGUCUGGAGAAAGACAAAAAUAUUUUAUUUCCCACUGUGGGGGUGGAGAGCGGUUCGAAGAGUCCUGGGAUAGCGGGCAAAGUACCUACACCAUCUGUGGAGACUGGGGACGGCCCAGAGGUCACUCUUCCGGAGUUACCCAGUGUGCUUGGCGGGCGUCGCGUCUCCUCCUCGCCUGGUCCAGAUAACACUGAACCGCUGGAUCUGCUGAUCAAGGGUGAGGCUCACAAAAAAUCUCAGACUGAAAUUACCGCAGACACGGUUGAACCUGUCUCUGAUAUGGCGGUAGAAGAGGUUAUUAUUUCCAAACUCGAACCAAUCAUUGACUCUCUGUUUGAAGACGAUGAGCUUUUUGCACAGGAGUUUGAAGAAGAUGGUCUAAACCGUGUCCUGUUCAUAAAAAAGAUAGGAAUUUAUGUUGAGAUAAAAACCAAAGACUACAUACCGGGAGUGUUUUGUACGCCAUUGUUCCACUGUCCAAGAUGUAAAGACCAUUGGGCAGAAUUUGGAUCUGUGCCAGCAAAUUGUCAGUUACCACAGCAACCAACUCGUGGGCCUGCAAUACACCUGGCCAGUAAUAUAAAGCGGAGGUUCAAUGACUGGAGGAGGAAGACCAAGAGAAGACUUGGAGACAUAAAAGAAGGAUACAUUGUAUCAGGAAGUGGGACAGUACUAAACCAAAUCAACGGACAAGACACCAAUACUACCCUUGGUAAGGACAGAAAAUCACUUGACUAUUUGUUGUCUAGUGAGGAAGCGCUUGAAGAGUUGAGUCUUGGUGUUAUUGAUUCUGGGACAAAGAUAGAAGCGUUUAGAGUCCUUAGAAUGGAUGAACAGACAUUAGACGAGGAUUAUGUGAAAAAAGUCGCAGAUGCACUUGGUUUUAGUCAAGAGCAAUAUGACGAUUUUGCGCGAGUCAACUUAAACAAAGUGAGAAUGGAUUAUGAUGUUGAAUCGGACGGAAAAACAUCGUUUAAGUCGCGGCUAGAUUUAUCAAUGUUGGAUAAUAUAUUAAUAAAGGAUUUGCCUGAGAUCAUCAAAGAAAAGUUGUUGUCGAUACUGCGAUUACAAAAACAAAGAAUGAGAAGGAAAAAGAAGAAACAGAUAGCGACGUCUAUGAAUGGUCCUGAUUCUGUUGAAGGGAACUACGCCCAAAGUGAAAAUACGUCUGAAAGCUUUUAUAUCCAAGGAUUUGAUGACGAGGAUACAGAACAUGAUUCUAACUUAAUUGAAAAUGGAAUAAGGGCUUCAGUGAAAGUGAACAGAAUGAGAAGAGAAAAUAGUGGAAAGCAGGGAAGAGGGCAGAGAACCGGAGAGGGCCUGGGGAAUAUGAGUGAACAAGAAACUCCUGGUAGAAAAUCAUCAUUGGCUGGGGGACGUCAUAGGGAUACAUCAGCCCGUGAAGGAAGAUCAUCUCGAGUGUCCACUGCUUUAUCUGCACUUUCAGAUGGGAAAGAAUUUUCAGCACCAAGAUCACCAAGUAAUGUUCUGGUCUACAAAGAGUUACAGAAUCAGCGACGCGCUCGUAAAAAGAAUACUAGCGUAAAUAACAGAUCAGGUCAACCAGACACGCCUUUUCAGAGACUUGGGAAACAUUCCAUGACUGUGCCCGCAAACAGCCCUUCAUUUUUUGCUUACGAUAAUGUUGAUUCUGAUGAGGAGACCUGGGAACAAGGGAAGGCUUUUAGAAUUGGUUCCAGUCGUGAUGGUAGAAGAGAUUCACUUACAUCGCACAUGUCCGAAAUGUCACGUGGAGCUCACGAGACCGAUUCAAAUGCAUACUUCGUGUCUGACCCGCCACGUAGUGUUAAAGGGACUGAGUCACGCUCCUCUAUGUUGCAAAAGUACAGCAGGGCAGUUGGAAGUGCGCAUGCUCGAAAGGAUGCAUCUUUCUCUAAUUUAGAUGAUCAGGCCUCUUGGGGCACUAACGAUGGAAGUAUUUACAACAUCGGAGACGACCCAUCAGGCUCCAGAUCAGACAGACCGCGCCGUUUUAUAAGAAAAAAGGAAAAGGGAGAUGCUGUCAAGAGGCCUGGAAACCACUACCAUAGCAGAGUCAUAGACGAUAUGCCCGUAGGCCAAGGAAGUCCGUCCCUGAGUCACGUGACACCGUCAUUUGUUGAAGCUAAUGUGACGUAUGGAUCAAAAGCGAGGUUAAGCCAGGCGCAUAUUUCACUGAUUGAUGCCAAUAGUCCUUCACUGUGUAGCACGAUUACGGGAACCCAGGAACAGAGGGUCUCGUCAGCGCUCAUAAAGCGAUCCUUACGUUCUGCUUCAGCAAAAGAGCCGUCCCAGAUAAAGCAAGAAACAAUCGAAUUAGAAUGCAUGUCGCAGAAACAAGAUAAUUACGCUCCUCAAAACAACCAGGAAACUGUCAUCCGCAUAGAGAGUGAUUCAACACAUUUUGUGCAAGCUCAAGAAAACCAGACCAGUCCAAAUGAGGAGCCCGCUAAAAAGCCCGGUGCAAAGGUCUUUAGACGAACAUUUGAAGAAGAGUACAAACCACUCGUUUCAUUGGAGGAUUUAAACUUUAUUCAUAGACUUCCGGUAUCAAGUGCGUUUACGUAUUCGUUUUAUGAGCUGCCCAGUCAGCAUCGAGUUCACAAUGAUUCAAUCAAGCAGGCCGUUGGCCGGAUCGGUCGACGCAAAAAGAAGGGAACUGCCCAAUUUCGGAGUAAAAGUGCUCCUUGAGAUAAUGCAAUGCUUCAAUAACAUCGAAAUAUUUUGUUCAGUUUAGUCGAGGAUAUCGUGUCUGAUGUUAAGUUCCACUGAAUUUCGUCCACACACACUCCCUACAUACACCACGUUGUUUAUUCUGGUAACCACCUGCUUCAGUGCGGUUUGAACUUGUUUAAGAAUCAACACAACGAACCUGAAAGGCCAGGUAAAAAAACCAUGAAGUAACUUAGAUUCAAGUGAUCUCUGAGAAUUUACU